AUGACCGAGAUGUUCGGCUCUAAAGAUGACUUCAGUUGCCCGAAAUUUUCAACGGCCGAGAGUUACAUUGGAAUUUUGUCAACUUAUCGCGGAAGGAUGCAUCACUCCAAACUUGUGCGUAAAGGCCCGGAUUCAACGGUGAGUUUGACCGAGAGAGUGAGAGCCGCAAUUUUAUUCCACUGCCGCUUAUGUAAACACUAUUGAAUGCACACACCGUGUUAGUAUUGUAUGGCGAUUAGAGAUGUCAAAUUGUGCCAUUUUAUACCUCGGAAUCCCUCUUUGUCAUGUGCGAUAUGAACUAACACAGUGGUGGAUCAGGGAGGCAACCGAUGGAAUUGGCUUCGAUGUAAAAUUUUUCCUAGGAAGUUUUUACUUGAAGAGAAUAGAAAUGCUGGUCCAUAUGUUAUCAUUUUGAAUGACCUCCACUGAGAUCUAACGAGAAAUGUGCGCUCGCGUUCAUGUCAAAUUAUUUUCUCACGGUUUAAUUCUGAGACUGUUACAAAUAUUAUGAAGAAAAAAAAUUAAGAAUUAAGGCAAACUGGUCGUGAUUAAUAAAAAGCUGUGAUCAUUAGGAAAAUGUUGGUCAUGGCUAUUAAGUUUGCUUAUCCAAGCUGCGUCAGUAAGGAGCUCAUCAAACUAAAUUGUUUUGACGGCGUAAAUUGAAAUGUAUCUUAUAUGGAUUUCAGGCCGCAGAGGAUGCCAUAGAAAGUUAUUAAUUUGAUUGGACACAACUUGAGCUAAAAUACACCCUAAUAUUUGGUAUUUCCUUUCCCCGUGGCUUUUUUAAUAUCAGUCACAGGCUGACAAACAUAAGUGCUUCCGAUGUUUACAAAAGAAUAUCAUACUUUUUUUAUUUUUCAAAGUUGUUGCAUUUAAUAUGUACAUUUCCCUGGUAACAAUAAAUUCGCCGAUUGCAAUGUAACGUACAAUUUGUCAAAUCCCUUUCGAAGACGACCUUUUGUUAGCAUAUUGACAUAUUUAAAGGGUAUAUAGAUUCGAGCAUUGAAGAGAGCUUGACUAAUCUUCAUAGCCAAGAGAUUAACAAUUUUGUCGCUGUUUAUCUGACAGGAAAAAACAAGACAAAUAAAAGAUCGUUUCACCAAAAUAGAUACAAGGCCUAGCUUUGUAUUCUAA